AUGGUACCUAUUGGUCGAUAUUAUUUUCGAUCUGAACUUCAUACUUUACACACAAAUUAUGAUGAACAAUUAUCUGAUAUAUUCACUCGAAUAGCUGCAUCUCAUGCACGUUUUGAUAUUGAAGAAGAUUAUCAUAUUCUACGUCAAGCUGACUAUUUGUGCAUGUUUACUGUUGUAUCUGAUGAUGAAGAUUGUAAUCCUGAGAGUUGGAUUCAUCCAAUUGGUGUUGUCCAUCAAAUAUAUGACUAUUUUGAUCUUCAUUGGUCGAAUGAAAUGGAAAUGACUAUACGUGAUUGGCUUCUCAAAAAUCCUCAAGGAAAACAAGGUCGUCACACGUACUCACUUGCUGAGUUUGGCCUCAAUCGGGAAGAUAUCGAAACACUUUAUGCUGACUAUACCAAUUUAUUUCUAUCUUCGGAUAAUCAAUCAUCGUCGACAACUUCUAUUUCAUUAUAA